AUGCUUGUCCAGAAGGUUAAAGCACAUGGGAUUCAAGGCAUUCAGUCUUCCAAUUCAGGGAGCCUAGGGGAUAACUCAUGUAAGCAUUUACAAACAACAGAGCACAUAUCAAUGCCUAGGCCCCAGAGUUAUGCUACUAAACAACAGGAAACAAAGGCUUUAAACAGGAGUGCAGCUGAGACACCGUCCAGAUUACAAGAAAGACCUCCUUCAGGCCGCAGAAGUCGUAGUGCAACCCCAAGUGGGAGGAAAACCCCAUUGGAUGGUAAACAAAUAGGCUUUGACCUUGAACAGAAGGUAUCACGGCCAAGUUCCGUUUUAUCGAGAAGAGAAAGUACUUGUUUUAAGAGUAAUGUUAGACAAGAUGACGUCAGAGAAGAAAUCCAAUAUCCAGAUGGCAAGCUGGAACAGUUCCUGACAAAUGGAAAUCGAAUUAUCACCUUUCGGAAUGGCACAAGGAAGGAGGUCAGUGCAGAUGGGCAGUCUGUCACCAUCACAUUCUUCAAUGGGGAUGUGAAACAGUUCAUGCCAGACCAAAGAGUGAUUUAUUACUACGCUGACGCAAAGACAACUCACACUACAUUCCCAAAUGGAAUAGAGAUGUUACAGUUCCCCAAUAACCAGAUAGAAAAACAUUAUCCUGAUGGUAAGAAGGAAAUAAUAUUUCCAGACCAAACAGUCAAACACCUUUUUCCUGAUGGUCAUGAAAAGAGCAUAUUCCCAGAUGGUACAGUUGUGAAUUUGCAAAAAAAUGGAGAUAAAAUCAUUGAAUUCAACAAUGGGCAGAGGGAGAUCCACACGCUCCAGUACAAACGGAGGGAGUACCCUGAUGGAACCAUAAAGACUGUAUAUUCUAAUGGGCGUCAGGAAACAAAGUAUUCCACAGGUCGUGUCCGAAUAAAAGACAAAGAAGGAAAUAUUGUUUUAGAUAAAAAGUGA